UCCUGCCUGGGAUGCGGACGCCAGACGCUGUGACGGGGACCAUCCUGUUGGGUCCAUCCAUAGGAAGGAGCUUCCUGGCUUGGGGCAGCCUGGGGACCACGGAGAGAAGGGGGCGACCCCAGGCAUCAAGCAGGCAGGUGACCUCAGGCAGCGAUGGCAGAAUGCACAGAGCUGGAAUGGGCUGUCCAGGUGCUGGUGAACAACUUUGACAAGUACUCCAGCCGUCGCUGCUGCUGCAAGAAGCCGCGGCGCAUCAGCAAGAAGGAUUUCCGCAAGAUGCUGAGCUGUGAGCUCAACCACAUGCUGACGGACACCGGGAACCGUCGAGCGGCUGACAAGCUUAUCUGCGACCUGGACGAGAACAAAGACGGGCGCAUCAGCUUCGAGGAGUACUGGACCUUGAUAGGCGGCAUCGCCAGCCCCAUCGCCCAAAUCAUCCGCCAGCAGGAGCAGAGUAUCAAGCACACCAAGUAGCCGGCGGCAUCCGGACCCUCCCCGGGGCUCAGCACCCCAGGCUCAGCCCCUGCUUCUCCAUGGCUCCCCGCUUCUCGCCUCUCCUGCUGCCACACUGAUUUACACCCACCCUGAGCCCUCCCUUGUCCCGGGACACCCUGGUCUCCCACGGCUUUGCCGACCGAGCCAUGCCAGGGUGCCAUCGGGGUGGGACGACCCUGUGGGUGGGAGCUGGGGGGUGCGAGGCCAUCACAGCCUCAGGGGGUUCCUCCUUGCCCCACACCAUGUCAUCCCUGCCCUCACUCUCUCCUGCAAGCCCUGUCCUUGCCAGGCUGCUGGGCAAGAAGCAAAGGGAGAGCUUCCCCUCAUCUAGGAAAUGAGUUCUGUCUGUUCUCAGACCUCUGGGACACAGCCCCGCUGGCAGAAACCCCAUCACGACCGGGACCCCCCUUUCCCCUUGGAGCUCCCCUUCAUGUCAGGGGUCUUUUUGGGGAAAGGGUGCCUUUCCCUCUGCCCGAGCUGGUGAAGGGUUUACCUGCCUGCACUGCCUGGUGGCUCUGGUCCUUUGGGCUCAGGGAGUGGUACGGUCCCGUCCGUGGUUAUUUAUUGCAGCAAUAAAGUUUGGAGGAGCA